AUUUUCUGUUCGCCAGGACGUCUUCUCCGCCCAGCGUCUCCAACGCCGCCUGUCACCCAAGCUAGAUGGUCACCUCAUCAACAAAAUCCUCCAAGAGAAGAUUGCGUUUCACUAGAGAUACGUGUUGCCACGAGAGCUUUGCGACGAAGACCGCUUGUUAUGGGCUUUACUUGGCCACUGUCGACGGCAACAUUCCCGACUCCCUCCCGGUCCAAGACCGGAACCCCCGCCAUUGGAGCGGUGAUGUCGCCCUACUUCUCUAAUUUGCCCGAUUUGGCUGUAACGAGGGUUCAACGGACUUUCCCAGCUUUAAGGGCAAAUAUGGAACGGAAAUGCCAAGGGCUUUGCGACUGUCUUACCCCUACCUGUCUCUACGCCAAUGAAAGCGAACAGCUUCCGGCUUGGAGCCCGUCGCAUCUGGCUAUCUGCUCCGGGUACGAACACGUGGUUCGUCUUCUACUGGGCCUAGGCGCCGACGCCUGGGCGGUAGGCAAUGCGACCGAGGUGGCCCCAGGGCUCACCGUAGAUAUCCUUCCGGUUGGAAUCAGUGCUGUCCAUAGCGCGGCAUUACAGGGUAAUGUGGUUAUGUGUCAGCCCCUUCUUGACCACUACGCCGCCCGUACCCUCGACGAGAGUUUUGACCGCUGCGUUUGGAUCAUGCGUCGCACCAGGUGCCUUGAAAUGCUAGAGCGGCGAGACUCCAAGGGGCUCACACCACUCGACUACGCCAUUGCCGCUGGGCACACGCGAACAACAAGUGCUUGGCUGCUGAAUCAAGACGUCGAUCCCUGCAGUACGUCACUCUCCGCCAACGCAGCUUUCUGGCGCCGCUCAAUCACCUUUGCUUCCUCGGAAAAUAUCAUGUUGCCAAGGUUGGCUGCACCGAAUCCGAUGCCCGCCUGAAGACUACAUUCUCGCGCUUCAGUCAUGUUUUUUUCCAGCCGUCGGUUCUGGGAGCGUUCAGUCUAAAGGCGCUGCCAUCUCUCCGAUAUUUCCACAAUGCAUACAUGAACUAUG